UGUUUCGUAUCAUCAGACAAAUAAUAGAUCAGCACGUGGUACCCCGUCAAUCAAAAAAGUUGCAAAGAAUAUGGUAACAAGUGCCAGUUGUCAUUUUCAUCAAAUUAGUUUCUUUUUUUUCUUCUUUUUAUGUGAUUUGAAUUCACAUAUAUCUGCAGUUUCUAUUUCCAAAGACUUUGCUUUAUCUAUGAUUAUGUGACUUAAUUUGGAUAAAUUAUUCUAUAAACAAUUUACGGGAUUCUUACACCCUAAUCAAGUUGAAAACUUGCCAUAUCCAUUUCAAAUCGGAAUAUAAUGUGAUUACGAAAAACACACAGUAGAAGGAGAGUGAAAAAAUAUAGGUUGGAAUUUUAGAAUCUUAUAAAUUGUGACCAAACAUAUAAAAGGAUUUAUAAAGAUGGCGUUUACUACGACGACACGUGCUGAGGAUUACAACUUCGUCUGACUCUAAAAGUGUGUACAGGAUGUAUAAAGUGUAUACACAGAAUCUAACUUAGAAUGUGAUUAAAAUAAGGAAUAAUUUCAUGAAGGGUGUGGAACGGAUUAGAGAACUGGGAUGGACAGUAUUAUUGGGUCGGUUGGGAGAGUUGCCAACGUUAAAGUCCGUAACGACGAUGACAUUGUUGAUAGACUAAAUCAUUUCUAUACGACUGGAAUAUUGAUUAUAUUUACUGUAGUAGUUUCCGCUCGGCAAUAUGUCGGCGAUCCCAUUAGGUGCUGGUGCCCUGCAGAAUUUCCUGGUACCCAUGUCGAUUAUACAAACAAUUUAUGUUGGAUAAAAGACACUUAUUAUAUUCCAAUGGAAUCUCAAGUUCCAUCACUAGAGCAUAUGCAUCUCCGAAAAGAAAAGGAAAUUAACUAUUACCAAUGGGUACCAGUUAUGCUCCUCAUUCAAGCCUUAUUAUUUUAUUUACCUUGUAUAAUCUGGCGGAUUUUGAAUGGACAUUCUGGUAUAAAUGUGGAUCGAAUAGUAAGCUUGGCAAGCGAUGCAAUGAUGGAAAGCCCAGAAAACAGAGCCAGGAGUCUCAAAUAUCUGGUGAGACAUUUGGAUCGUUGCCUUGACAAUCAAAGAGAAACGAGACAUGCGUGUUGUGUUAAAUUAAGGCACAUCCUGUCUGCAAAUUUAAAUUUGCUGUGCGGAAGAAAGUAUGGAAAUUUUCUAGUAGCUGUGUACUUUCUGAUGAAAAUUCUGUAUAUCAUGAAUGCAAUUGGACAACUUUUUCUAUUAAAUGAAUUUUUAGGAUCUAAUUACAAGGUUUAUGGAUUUGAAGUGCUGCAAGAACUAACGGAGGGAAAGGAAUGGUCAGGUUCACAUAGGUUUCCCAAAGUAACAAUGUGUGACUUCCGGAUCCGGCAAAUUACAAAUCUUCAGCACUACAGCGUUCAAUGUGUUCUUCCGAUCAAUAUUUUCAAUGAGAAGAUUUAUAUAUUUAUGUGGUUUUGGUUAGUGUUUGUAUCUAUAUGCACGUGUGUAAAUUUUGUAAUGUGGUUCUGGUACAUGCUUUUUCCAUCGACAAGAAUUCAUUUUGUUAAAAAGUUUCUAAAACUUAUGGAACGGAUCACUACUGGUCCUGAAAGGAAACUUGUAGGUAGAUUUGUGUUAGAUUAUUUACGACAUGACGGUGUAUUUACAUUGCGACUCAUUGGAAAAAAUUCUAGUGAGAUAGUUGUAGCAGAAAUAGUAGCCGGCUUAUGGGAUAUUUAUCGCAGCAAAAAGUCAAUACAGAUCCGAACUAACAUAACUGGACAUGAUCUAAAUGUUAUAGAAGGGGAAGAUGUGUGACUAGGCCGAAAUGGCACCGGAACCGGAAGUAUGCGCAAGGAUAUUAUUGACACAGAGAUAGCAGAGGAAGUAUGUGCAUCAACGGUAUAAAUUCGAAUUUGGAAAUAUAGUUCCAAAUUUUGAUAGCACAAAUUCGGUGUCAUUGAUGGCCAAAUCGUGUGGGGUUGUGGAAAAGAAGAAAAAAACUAAGAAUCAUUCCAGUUAACAGAAUGUUGAUGAAUUUCCGAAAAUCAAAAACACAAAAAUCGUUUCAUGAGUACCAAAAAGUACAUAAUGCAUAAUAAUUACUAUUCAAAACAGAUACUUUUCAUGGUAUAUGGGAUGAUAUAUUUUUAACAUGUUAUAAAGCCAUUGCAGGUCAAGCAAACUAGAAUGAGUUUAGAUAAUAAAUUGAAAGGUAUAUGAACAAGGAACAGUCAGUUUGUUGUAAUAGUUGAAACACUGGGUUUCUAUGAGGAUUUCAAGUUCGACAUGAUUUGAAUUGAUUUGUAAUUGUUAUUUCUUUAAACAGUAAUUAUGAAUUUAAUCUUAGUUUUUUCCAAAUAGUAUAUGUGUUAAGGAAAUGCAAAAUUUAAGAACAAGAAAUACAAUAUAGAAAAAAUAGAAUAUGAAAUAGACUGCAAUCUGUCGUAAUUUCAUGAAGGGUAGCAUACAAUUAAGGUGGUACCUAGCACUACAGGGAGAUAACUCUAUAAAAUCAGCAGAACGUUUAAAUGACGUUGUGUUCAGAAGGGAAUAUUAAGCUUCUCAAUGAUCAAAAUAAGUGUUUGUCCAACUGUUAUAUAACCAGUGUAAUUUUUCUGAUUAAACGGUUGGUUCAAAUUUUGUGAAAUUUUUAUAUUUUUGUCAAAGGGUCAAAGUCAAUACUUUGUCAAAAUUUAAGAAAAUUAAACGAGCCAAAUUAAUUUUAGUUAAAGUGUUUAUAGGUCCCACCUUAAGGAGCAAUCAUUUAAUCUCUAAAGGGGGAGGGGAUAUAAUUGAUAUGUUGUUAGUUUUCAACGCUAUCAAUCAAAUUAUUUUGUUAAAAAUUUAACAAAGGAAAGUCUGGAUUUAGAAUAUAUAUUGUCCUCUGCUUAGACAGGAUAUUUUUUUCAUCAAUUUGGGAAUCAAAAUGGUUGUUAGGAAAACAUACGUGCAUUUUCAGCUAUAUAUACCAGUGAUUAUGAGAGAUAUGAUAAGAAUGCCAAAAGCAAAUGUCAAAUUUUAUAGCCUUAUUUUGAAGAUAUGCAAUUAUAGAAUCAUGAAUUAAGACUGCACUUGUGUACAUAAACCAUGCAAUUAUAAAUCAUGUUUUUCACGACACGUGCAUGCAUAUACCAUGUAGUUAGAAUCAUGUCUUUUCACGACACUUGUGUACAUGUACUGUACCAUGUUAUUAUACAAUUGUAUCUUUUCACGUCACUUGUGUACCAUAAGAACGUUCGUUUGGAACUCUUUAUGUUCUUUUUAAGACGGCUUAAUUGCUAUGCGUUCUUUCCAAAUUUCUGUUAGUCUUUAUAUUGGUAGAUAAUAUUGUAAGGAGGGUUUAUUAUAACGAUUAUUAUGGGUUGAAAGAUGUUCGCUAGAUUUGUUUUCGGCAUUUUUGUCAGUCAUUCGGAAUCCUCUGGUUUCAUAUAUUCGGUACAAUUAAAAAUAUGCCCGCUUACCCCUACUUUUCUUUUCAUAAUUUUCGUUUAUGCAGUUUUAAAAUCUUUAAUUUGAAAUCCUAUAAACCCUUGCGAUUUCCUUAGAAUUUAGAAAAAAACGUUCACUAUCUAAUGUUUGAAAAGUCCAGAGAGAUUUUUCCCUGUAAUUUUUCAAUGGAUUAUAUCACAAAAAUAAGGGCACGCACUUUUUAUAUUUUCUGCUUUUUUAGUUUUGUUAUGUCAUAGAUGUAAUACAUCUAUGGUUAUGUGUAGUAUAUCCUCUUAAUUUAUAACAGCUUUCUAAAAAGCUUGUUAUUAUGAAAUAAAGUAGCGAACAUCCUUAGACGGUUGCAAUUUGCAACAACUUUAAAAUGUAAUAAUGUUGGUACACAAGUGUUUAUGCAUAUAACAUUUUAACAUUUUUUUUUUAAGUUGUUUAUAUUUCAUACAAGAAAUUUUAAUGAAAAACAGACUUGGAUGGAGAGUUGUCUAAUUGGCACUCAUACCAGAUCUUCCUACUUCUAUGUAUAAUGAUUGUUAAAUUAGAAAAAAAGGCAUUAUAAAUUAUAUGUAUUGUUUACUUCUGGUCAGAAGAUAUGGUAAUGUAAUAUAUGUAUCCUCUUUAAUAUUGUUAUAAUUUGUUGGUAAGGGAGUUAAAAUCUUAUAACAAUUUAAUGAUUUAGUCUCUAAAUGUGUGAUAAGAAUUUAAUGAUUUAAUCUCUAAAUGUGUGAUUAAAUUCAAUGCUGGUGUCUACGCAAUUUAAUGAUUUAAUCUCUAAAUGUGUGAUUAAAUUCAAUGCGAGUGUCUACGGUAAAUUGCUACAGUAUCUAUGAUAAAAAGAUGUAUCCCUGCCAACAUCCGAUGUACGGGAAAUAGUGACAGAUCCAGAAAUUAUCAUAAAGGGGCCUAUUGACUGCCAAAGAAGGUUCCCGCUCCAGUCAAACAAUAGAAACCGGCUGCCAUGAUAUAGUCAUGAUCCCCGAAAGAUGCGUUAACAUGGUUAAACACAUACCUUGUACAACAACAAUUUUUGCAGUUGUAUGUUAAACGCAUUGUAAGAAGACAUGUAUAUUUAAAAUCAACUGCACAUAAACCGUGCGCAUGUGUGAAUCCUGCUAUUUUCUACAUGAUCUCCAAAUGAUUCAUAUCAAAACAAAUAUAUUUAGAUACAUCAAGCAUUUAUACAGAACAAAGGCUUGUUUUAUAACAACGCCAUUCAUAGACAUACUUUAUAUUCAAUUUCUGUCCAUUUUAUUAUCUUUUCUUUUUAAGCAUACAUCUUUUUGUAAAUAAAUCAUUCAGUAAAGUGGAUAUAAAAGGCGGAUGCAUCCGAAAAGUUAUAAAAUUUUAAAAUCUGACUUGCCGCCCGCUAACACGAUCUUCUAUCGGAAAGGGAGAUAAUUUGUAUCUAUUUUUCUGCUGUUGUUAGUGCUUGAGAAGAGGUGUUGAACAAAAGGCUGUCAGAUAUUUUGCUUUAAAUUUUAUUCUUCAAUUAAUUAUAGCACUCGUUAUACGACAAUACAUCUUUUAUUGUUCAAUGUCGAGGCUCCUAAGCUUUGCGGGUUCCUGGCAAAACCUUCUCUUCUGAUGUUGAUCUCACGCUAUUGGCACUUGGUAGAUUAAGCACAGCUUUAAAAUAUGUAGGAGAACAAAUCAGCCCUUAUAACGUAUUAGUUUUGGAUUGGAACUUUGAAAAAGUCUUCUAAUCAAUAUGAAACUAACGUCCAUCAACACAUGGUUUACUUGAUAAAAAAAAGUUUUCUAUUUACAUGUAUUUAUUUCAU